AUGGAAUCAAGUGGGGAUUUGGUUAGCAUGAUGGUUUAUAAUUCUAUAAAAAUCAUUAUCUCAGAAUGCAAAUAUUAAUAAGAUCAAUAAAGUUGUUACUAAUUUGAUACUCUGAAAAUUGAUAAUUGGGAAGAUAUGUUUGUUCUAUAAAUUGUUAGCUUUUGUUUAGGUUAGGUUUGGAUAUUUUCUGCAGCUACCUUGAUUAUUUUAUUCAAAGUUAAGCAUGUUCAAGCUACCUAAAAAGUUGAUUAAGAAAUAAAAAAUAAUUUAUAAAGCCAAGCUUAAUAAGGGCAAAUGGCAUUUUUUUAACCAGUUAUUUAACAAGCAUUGCCUUAAUAAAACUUUUAUCUUUAUAAUUAAAAUAACUAGCAACCAUAAAUACCACCUCUUUUAAUUCCAUAACAUCCUUAAUAUAUAAAAUAAAAUUAAGAAUAUGUGUUAGGUUAGCCUGUAAGUUCUUGA